AUGAAAGUCAAAAGGAACCCUCCCAAAACAGGAAAAGUUGGAGAGUACGGCUACGCCGGCCAAGCCAACGCGGUGCGCACCAACUUCACCACCAAGCAGCUCACGGAGCUGGAGAAGGAGUUUCACUUCAACAAGUACCUGACCCGCGCCCGCCGCGUGGAGAUCGCCGCGUCCCUGCAGCUCAACGAGACGCAGGUGAAGAUCUGGUUCCAGAACCGCCGCAUGAAGCAGAAGAAGCGAGAGAAGGAGGGCCUCCUGCCCAUCUCUCCCGCCACCCCGCCGGGCAGCGAGGAGAAGGCCGAGGAGUCCUCGGAGAAGUCCAGCUCGUCGCCCUGCGUUCCCUCCCCGGGCUCUUCUACCUCCGACACGCUGACUACCUCCCACUGA